AUGAGCAAACCAGAUGCUCAAACAACGUACUCACUUCAAGAGCUGCAUCACAUCCUGAAGUCUCUUGCCAGAAAUGUUCUACAGAACGUUUCCAGGGUCAAUGAUCUUUUGGGUAUCCAGAUUACCUUACUUGAGAUCUUCAAGUUUGAGGCCGAACGGUUCGAUGCCUUAGGAUAUUGUGACGUUUCCAUGGCUUACGUUGCACAUAAUGCAAAUAUUUACCUCGCAAAAGCUGCUUCAGAAGCGCCAUCCACGGCAGCGAAGCCGAUAAUAGAAAAGAUCCUCGAACUGAUCCAGGAUAAUAAGGAAAAGGCAAGUGCAAUCGAGAGGUGUCUUCGUCUGAUCUCGGUCCUGAAACAAAAUAUUGACGAUUUGAGUGACCCACUUCUAAUGAGGUUUGCAAAUCUCAAAACUGGAGUUCUGGAAGCACCUGUAGCCUCUUCAUUUGAGGGCUUCUUAUACUCAGACUCGGUACUGGUAUACGAACUCAACCACCUUAUACGAUCGCGCCCUGAUGAUGUUCUCCUUUUAGACUUCAGAACAAAGAAGGAGUUCAAUUAUAGUCACAUUAAUUUCCUGAAUAUUGUGAAUAUCGAGCCGUCUAAGUUGUCUGCUCUAUUGAAGAAUUACCUGCAACCUACUGAGCAGCAACUACUAGCUCUUAUAUUGGAUGCUGACAGUGCAAAUUUGUUUAAAAAGCGACAGAAGUUUGGACUUAUUGUUGCAUACAAUCUACGAUUUGGAGGUAUCGGAAACAGCAAGUUUCAGGCGUUGGAAUACCUGCUUAUAAACAAGGAGGAUAAGGGGAUUCCUUCGAAGAAUCCGUUUAGAGAUCUCUUUGAUACUCUUAUGUUCAAAGCAGAAUACAUAAGCUCAAGGCCCCAACAGUAUCCUGUCUAUUUGAAUGGUGGCCUUGAAAGAUGGUACACAACUUUUGGAGAAGGAUCCCUCACCACACGCUCCCAAAGAUCCCAGUCGAAACUUCAAAGCAAUGGCUUGCCAUCCAGCGGUUCAUCAUCAGAAAGAUCAUACGUCAAGAGUUUUGGAGACUACAUCGCCAGCGCCAAAUCUGCAACCCCACCUCCAAAAUACACCACUAUAGACACACAGAGGACAAAUGAUCACGAUUACAUCAGACCCAAAUCGAGAGUACCUCCUAGUAUCGUACCAUCAACUAACAGACCCUCUUAUAGUCCACCCGUGGGGAAGCGGCCAGAUGUCACGACGAGUCCAGUGUCCCCGCCUCCGAAACCACCUCGUAUCGAACUUUCAGGAACUCCUCUGCCAGCUGUGCACGUGAAGGAGGAUACUACAGAAAGACAAAUGAAUGGUCCAGAGACCAAUACGUUCCUUGAUAAUUUCGCUACGGGAUUAACGAAUUUGGGAAACUCGUGUUAUAUGAAUUGUGUUCUUCAAUGCUUAGGUGCCACACCUCAGCUUACGUCUUUCUUCUUUUCCACGAAUAAUAAUGAAGCAACAAGUUCAUACCGUCAGCAUAUCAACACAAGUAAUAGAUUGGGUACCAGUGGAGUCUUGACGACCAAUUUUGUCAAGCUCUUGGGUAAUAUGUUCAACAAUGUGGGCAAAUACUUUGCACCACACGAGUUUAAAAAAGCCAUUGGCACUGUUUCUGCAGGCCGUCAAUUUGCAUCCUUCGAUCAACAGGAUUGUAUCGAAUUUCUUAAUUUUGUAUUAGAUUCGUUGCAUGAAGAUCUCAAUCAGCGUGCUGUUGAAGACGGAGAAGAAAGAAGUAAGAUCAUGGAACUUUCUCCAGAACAAGAACAGACCAGAGAACUUCUUCCAGUGAGACUCGCAUCAACAAUCGAAUGGGAGAGGUAUCUAAAACUAAACUUCUCGAUCAUUGUGGACUACUUUCAAGGACAGUAUUUGUCACAAUUGAAAUGUCUCGAGUGUGGUAUGACGUCUACAACUUACAAUGCUUAUUCCAUUCUUUCACUUCCUAUACCUGAAAGAUUGGGAAAAGAUAAGGUUGUAACUUUAGCUCAAUGCCUAGACCUUUUUACUGAUACAGAGCUUUUAGACGACGACAACAAGUGGCAUUGUCCGAGAUGUAAAAGAUUUACAAAGCUGACCAAAAAGAUUUCGAUAACCAGGCUUCCUCGAGUACUUAUUGUGCACUUCAAAAGAUUUCAGAUGCUGCUUUCGGGCCAUUUCAACAAGCUUGAGACCUUCGUUAAAUAUCCUGUUAACGAGACUCUUGAUCUAACAUCGUACUGGCCGCUGGCGGGCACUUAUGUCAACUCGGACGUUGCAAGGCGCAUGAAUGUAUCAGAAGAACAGCAAAAUCUUUCCAAAUUUCCCCAAAGACAUCAGGUUCCACCUUUCAAAUAUAAACUCUACGGUGUUGUCAACCAUUUUGGCAACUUGACCAAUGGCCACUACACAGCUUACGUCAAAAAAGGAAGCGAUCUGAAGCAAAGAAAAGAAUGGUGUUAUUUUGAUGAUGCUAAAGUUCUGUAUGACUGCAAAGUUGAUCAGGUGGUCAACAAACACGCCUAUUGUUUGUUCUUCCAGAGAAUCUAA